AUGACUGAGUUGGUGAAGAAACGAAAAGUGCGCAGAGAGCAUCGCAGCUACGUAAAGAAACUCAUUGGAAUGACUAAAGAACUAAUAGCGUCCUACGAAGAGACUGCAGAAGCAAAACUAGUGUUGGAAGAAAAAAAGAUGCACCUCGACGAUGCAAUAUUAAAUAUACUUUGUGGCGACAAGGAUCUCGAGGAAGAAAUUGAUGGGGAAAUAGAAGAAUCAGAGAACAUAAAGGCUGAGGUACAAACACUAAUUUUAAGAAUUAAUAGUAAAUUAUGUUUGAAUAUCGAAGGGUCCUUGCCCAGUACAUCAUCUGCUCCUCAGAAUUCUAGUAGUGCGACGGUAACAGCGAAUACUAAACAAGUACGGUUACCUACACUCGAAGUGCCUAAGUUUUCAGGAAAGGUUCACGAAUGGCAGGAAUUCUGGGACGGGUUUUCAAGCGCCAUAGACGGGAAUACCCAGUUAAGUGAAGUAGACAAGUUUUCCUACUUACGUGGCUUGUUGUUAGAACCUGCGCGAUCGACUAUACAAGGAUUUGCCCUUACUGCAGAUGUUAUCACCACGCUAAACUUCAUAUUUAAUUAUUAA